AUGGUCCGCUUCGGGGACGAGCUGGGAGGCCGCUAUGGGGGCGCGGGCGGCGGGGAGCGGGCCCGAGGUGGCGGGGCCGGAGGCGCUGGAGGCCCGGGCCCCGGGGGCUUGCAGCCCGGCCAGCGAGUGCUGUACAAGCAGUCGAUCGCGCAGCGCGCGCGGACCAUGGCGCUGUACAACCCCAUACCGGUCAAACAGAACUGCUUCACCGUCAACCGCUCGCUCUUCGUCUUCAGCGAGGACAACGUUGUCCGCAAAUACGCCAAGCGCAUCACCGAGUGGCCUCCCUUCGAGUACAUGAUCCUGGCCACCAUCAUCGCCAACUGCAUUGUGCUGGCGCUGGAGCAGCACCUCCCUGACGGUGACAAGACGCCCAUGUCGGAGCGCCUGGAUGAUACGGAGCCCUAUUUCAUCGGGAUCUUUUGCUUUGAGGCGGGGAUCAAGAUCAUAGCUUUGGGCUUUGUUUUCCAUAAGGGCUCCUAUCUGCGGAACGGCUGGAAUGUCAUGGACUUCGUGGUAGUUCUCACAGGGAUCCUUGCCACUGCUGGAACUGACUUUGACCUGCGGACACUGAGAGCUGUGCGUGUACUAAGGCCCUUGAAGCUGGUGUCUGGGAUUCCAAGUUUGCAGGUGGUGCUCAAGUCGAUCAUGAAGGCCAUGGUUCCACUGCUGCAGAUCGGCCUGCUUCUCUUCUUCGCCAUCCUCAUGUUUGCCAUCAUCGGCCUCGAGUUCUACAUGGGCAAAUUCCACAAGGCCUGUUUCCCCAACAGCACAGAUGCAGAGCCUGUGGGUGACUUCCCCUGUGGCAGGGAGGCCCCAGCCCGGCUUUGUGAGGGCGACACUGAGUGCCGGGAGUACUGGCCGGGACCCAACUUUGGUAUUACCAACUUUGACAACAUCCUGUUUGCCAUCUUGACUGUGUUCCAGUGCAUCACCAUGGAGGGCUGGACAGACAUCCUCUACAACACAAAUGAUGCAGCUGGAAACACCUGGAACUGGCUGUAUUUCAUACCGCUCAUCAUCAUUGGCUCCUUCUUCAUGCUUAAUCUGGUGCUGGGCGUGCUCUCAGGAGAAUUUGCCAAGGAGCGAGAACGGGUGGAAAAUCGCCGUGCCUUCCUGAAGCUUCGCCGGCAACAGCAGAUCGAGCGGGAGCUGAACGGAUACCUGGAGUGGAUCUUCAAGGCUGAGGAAGUCAUGCUGGCUGAGGAGGAUAAGAAUGCAGAGGAGAAGUCCCCUCUGGAUGCAGUGUUGAAGAGAGCUGCCACCAAGAAGAGUCGCAAUGACCUGAUCCAUGCUGAGGAGGGUGAGGACCGUUUUGCAGACCUCUGUGCAGUUGGAUCCCCUUUCACCCGCACCAGCCUGAAGAGUGGGAAGACGGAGAGCUCAUCAUACUUUCGGAGGAAGGAGAAGAUGUUCCGGUUCUUUAUCCGACGCAUGGUGAAGGCCCAGAGCUUCUACUGGGUGGUGCUGUGUGUGGUGGCUCUGAAUACGCUGUGCGUGGCAAUGGUGCACUACAAUCAGCCACAGCGACUCACCAUAGCCCUGUACUUUGCAGAGUUUGUUUUCCUGGGUCUUUUCCUCACAGAGAUGUCCCUGAAGAUGUAUGGCUUGGGGCCCAGAAGCUACUUCCGGUCUUCCUUCAACUGCUUUGAUUUUGGGGUCAUUGUGGGAAGCAUCUUCGAAGUGGUGUGGGCUGCAGUCAAGCCAGGAACCUCCUUUGGGAUCAGUGUGCUGCGGGCGCUCCGCUUGCUGAGGAUCUUCAAAGUCACUAAGUACUGGAACUCUCUGCGGAACCUGGUAGUGUCUCUGCUCAACUCCAUGAAGUCUAUCAUCAGCCUUCUGUUCCUGCUCUUCUUGUUCAUUGUAGUCUUUGCUUUGCUGGGGAUGCAGCUGUUUGGGGGACAGUUCAACUUUCAAGAUGAGACACCAACAACCAACUUCGACACCUUCCCUGCUGCCAUCCUUACUGUCUUCCAGAUCCUGACAGGAGAGGACUGGAAUGCAGUGAUGUAUCACGGGAUUGAGUCGCAAGGCGGGGUCAGCAGAGGCAUGUUCUCCUCGUUUUACUUCAUCGUCCUGACACUGUUCGGAAACUACACUCUGCUAAAUGUCUUCCUGGCCAUCGCUGUGGACAAUCUUGCCAACGCCCAGGAACUGACCAAGGAUGAAGAGGAAAUGGAAGAAGCAGCCAAUCAGAAGCUUGCUCUGCAGAAAGCCAAAGAAGUGGCUGAAGUCAGCCCCAUGUCUGCUGCCAACAUCUCCAUUGCUGCCAGGCAGCAGAACUCGGCUCGGGCACGGUCAGUAUGGGAGCAGCGGGCCAGCCAACUGCGGCUGCAGAAUCUGCGUGCCAGCUGUGAGGCGCUGUACAGUGAAAUGGACCCUGAGGAGCGGCUGCGCUAUGCAACCUCGCGCCACUUGCGGCCUGACAUGAAGACACACCUGGAUCGGCCACUGGUGGUGGAGCCUGGCCGAGAUGGACCACGGGGUCCUGCAGGAGGUAAAGCACGGUCGGAGGGCACAGAGACCACAGAGGCUACAGAUGCACUGCGACGGCACCACCGGCACCGUGAUGCAGACAAGGCCCCAGCUGUGCCGCCCUCGGCCACCGAGCAAGACCGGGACAGGGCCGAUGGUGCAGACCCUGGGUCCCGGGAAGAGUGUGUGCGCCCACGCCACAGCCACAGCAAGGAGGCUGCAGGCAGCCAGGAGGCCCAGGGCGAGCAUGGCCGAGGUCCUGAGGGUGGCCGACGCCACCACCGUGUUCACCGGCAUGGGCCCAACCUGGGAAAGGACAAGGAUGGUACUAUGGCCAAGGGUGAGCGGCGAGCGCGGCACCGGGGCACCCGUACCGGCCCCAAGGAGGUGGAAAGCAGCGAGGAGCCUGGGCGUCGGCACCGCACUCGCCACAAGGUGCCCCCCACACAGGAGGCAGUGGAGAAGGAGGGCGAGGCCCAGGAAAGAGAAAAGGAGGUCCGCAACCACCAGCCCAAGGAAACUCACUGUGACGUGGAGGCUGGUGGAAUGAUGGGUGUGGGCCCUGUACACACACUGCCUAGCACCUGUCUCCAGAAGGUGGAGGAACAGCCAGAGGAUGCUGACAAUCAGCGGAAUGUCACUCGGAUGAGUGGUCAACCCUCAGACCCAAGCACCACUGUGCCCGCCCCCGUGACACAGAUAGGCCCUGCUGGGGAGACAACGGCCAUUCCCAGUGGUAACGUGGACCUGGAAAGCCAUGAGGAGGGGAAGAAGGAAGUGGAAGCUGAUGAUGUGCUAAGGAGUGGCCCCCGGCCCAUUGUCCCAUACAGCUCCAUGUUCUGUCUCAGCCCCACUAACCUGCUUCGUCGCUUCUGCCAUUACAUUGUCACCAUGCGGUACUUUGAGAUGGUCAUCCUUGUGGUCAUUGCCCUGAGCAGCAUUGCCUUGGCUGCGGAGGACCCUGUGCGGACAGACUCAUCCAGAAACAACGCUCUGAAGUACAUGGAUUACAUCUUCACAGGCGUCUUCACUUUUGAGAUGGUGAUAAAGAUGAUUGAUUUGGGACUGCUGCUCCACCCUGGAGCCUACUUCCGGGACUUGUGGAACAUUCUGGACUUCAUUGUGGUCAGCGGGGCCCUUGUGGCCUUUGCCUUCUCAGGAUCCAAAGGGAAAGACAUCAACACCAUCAAGUCCCUGAGAGUCCUGCGUGUCCUGAGACCCCUGAAGACCAUCAAGCGGCUUCCUAAGCUCAAGGCUGUGUUUGACUGUGUGGUAAACUCUCUGAAGAAUGUCUUGAACAUCCUGAUUGUUUAUAUGCUCUUCAUGUUCAUAUUUGCCGUCAUUGCAGUACAGCUCUUCAAAGGGAAGUUUUUCUACUGCACUGAUGAAUCUAAGGAGCUGGAGAGGGACUGCAGGGGUCAGUAUUUGGAUUAUGAGAAGGAGGAAGUGGAAGCACAACCGAGACAAUGGAAGAAAUAUGACUUCCACUAUGACAAUGUGCUCUGGGCCCUGCUGACACUGUUCACGGUGUCCACAGGAGAAGGGUGGCCUAUGGUGCUGAAACAUUCCGUGGACGCCACCUAUGAGGAACAGGGGCCAAGCCCUGGGUUUCGCAUGGAACUUUCCAUCUUCUAUGUGGUCUACUUUGUGGUCUUCCCCUUUUUCUUCGUCAACAUCUUCGUGGCCUUGAUCAUCAUCACCUUCCAGGAGCAGGGGGACAAGGUGAUGUCUGAAUGCAGCCUGGAGAAGAACGAGAGGGCUUGUAUUGACUUCGCCAUCAGCGCCAAGCCCCUGACACGGUACAUGCCUCAAAACAGACAAUCAUUCCAGUAUAAGACGUGGACGUUCGUUGUCUCUCCACCUUUCGAGUACUUCAUCAUGGCCAUGAUUGCUCUUAACACUGUGGUACUGAUGAUGAAGUUCUACGAUGCACCCUACGAGUAUGAGCUGAUGCUGAAAUGCCUGAACAUUGUGUUCACAUCCAUGUUCUCCAUGGAAUGCGUGCUGAAGAUCAUCGCCUUUGGGGUGCUGAACUAUUUCAGAGAUGCCUGGAAUGUCUUUGACUUUGUCACUGUGUUGGGAAGUAUUACUGAUAUUUUAGUAACAGAGAUUGCGGAAACGAACAACUUCAUCAACCUCAGCUUCCUGCGUCUCUUCAGAGCUGCGCGGCUCAUUAAACUGCUCCGCCAGGGCUACACCAUCCGCAUCCUGCUGUGGACUUUUGUCCAGUCCUUCAAGGCGCUGCCCUAUGUGUGCCUCCUCAUCGCCAUGCUGUUCUUCAUUUAUGCCAUCAUCGGCAUGCAGGUGUUUGGAAAUAUUGCCUUGGAUGAUGAAACCAGCAUCAACCGGCACAACAACUUCCGGACAUUCUUACAAGCCUUGAUGCUGCUGUUCAGGAGUGCCACGGGGGAGGCCUGGCAUGAGAUCAUGCUGUCUUGUCUGAGCAACCGGGCUUGUGAUCCACAUGCCAAUGCCAGCGAGUGUGGGAGUGACUUUGCUUACUUCUACUUCGUAUCCUUUAUCUUCCUUUGCUCCUUUCUGAUGUUGAACCUCUUUGUGGCUGUGAUCAUGGAUAAUUUUGAAUACCUCACGCGGGACUCUUCCAUCCUAGGGCCUCACCACCUGGACGAAUUCAUCCGGGUCUGGGCUGAGUACGACCCAGCUGCGUGUGGGCGCAUCAGUUACAAUGACAUGUUUGAGAUGCUGAAACACAUGUCCCCACCUCUGGGGCUGGGGAAGAAAUGCCCUGCUCGAGUUGCAUACAAGCGCCUGGUUCGCAUGAACAUGCCCAUCUCCAAUGAGGAUAUGACAGUACACUUCACCUCCACGCUGAUGGCACUCAUUCGGACAGCACUGGAGAUCAAGCUGGCACCAGCUGGGACCAAGCAGCACCAGUGUGAUGCGGAGCUGAGGAAGGAGAUCUCUUCCGUGUGGGCCAAUCUGCCCCAAAAGACUUUGGACUUACUAGUACCACCUCACAAGCCUGAUGAGAUGACAGUGGGGAAAGUCUAUGCAGCCCUGAUGAUAUUUGACUUUUACAAACAGAACAAAACCACCCGAGACCAGAUUCACCAAGCUCCGGUAAGCAUGACCCAGAUGGGCCCCGUGUCCCUGUUCCACCCUCUAAAGGCCACCCUGGAGCAGACACAGCCGGCUGUACUCCGAGGAGCUCGGGUUUUCCUUCGACAGAAGAGUUCCACUUCUCUUAGCAAUGGUGGGGCUGUACAAACUCAAGAGAGUGGCAUCAAGGAGUCUGUGUCCUGGGGCACACAGAGGACCCAGGAUGUACUCUAUGAGGCCAGGGCACCCCUGGAGCGUGGCCAUUCAGCAGAGAUCCCUGUGGGGCAUCGGGGAACACUGGCUGUGGAUGUCCAGAUGCAGAGCGUGUCACUGAGGGGCCCGGAUGGAGAACCCCAGCCUGGGCUGGAGACCCAGGGCCGAGCUGCCUCCAUGCCCCGCCUAGCAGCAGAAACACAGCCUGCUCCGGAUACCAGUCCCAUGAAGCGCUCCAUUUCCACGCUGGCCCAGCGCCCUCGUGGGGCCCACCUCUGCAAUGCUUCCCUGGACCGCCCGCCCCCCAGUCAGGCACCACAUCACCAUCACCACCGCUGCCAUCGCCGCAGGGACAAGAAGCAGAAGUCCCUGGAAAAGGGACCCAGCCUGUCUACUGACGCAGAUGGUGUACCAAACAACACCCCAGGACCAGGCGUGCCCCCAGGCGAGGGGCCAGCAGGCUGCCGGCGUGAGCGCAAGCAAGGGCGCGGCAGGUCCCAGGAGCGCAGGCAGCCGUCCUCCUCGUCCUCAGAAAAGCAGCGCUUCUACUCCUGCGACCGCUUUGGGAGCCGCGAUCCCCCACAGCCCAAGUCCUCCAUCAGCAGCCACCCCACGUCCCCGAUAGCUGGGCCGGAACCAGCACCCCACCCACAGGGUGGUGGCUCCGUGAAUGGGAGCCCCUUGGUGUCGACACCUGGUGCUAGCACCCCAGGCCGAGGUGGGCGGAGACAGCUCCCGCAGACCCCCCUGACACCACGUCCAAGCAUCACCUACAAAACAGCCAACUCCUCGCCUGUCCACUUCGCUGGGACUCAGAGUGGCCUCCCAGCCUUCUCCCCUGGCCGGCUUAGCCGUGGACUUUCUGAACAUAAUACCCUGCUCCAGAAAGACCCCCUGAGUCAGCCCCUGGCCCCUGGCUCUCGCAUCGGCUCCGACCCUUACCUGGGGCAGCGUCUGGAUAGCGAGGCUUCUGCCCACACCCUGCCUGAGGACACGCUCACGUUCGAGGAGGCCGUGGCCACCAAUUCGGGCCGCUCCUCCAGGACUUCCUAUGUGUCCUCCCUGACCUCCCAGUCCCACCCCCUCCGCCGUGUGCCCAAUGGCUACCACUGCACUCUGGGACUCAGCACCAGUGGCCGGGCUCGGCAUAGCUAUCACCACCCUGACCAAGACCACUGGUGCUAGCUGCACCACAACUGCCCGUGCACCUGACCAUCGGUGUGGGCUCCAGUGGAUGAGUUUUAUCAUCUACACUGGGCUCUGGGCUGCGGCCCCUGGGAGGAGGGGCCUCACCUAUGGCCUCCACAGUGGGGGCGCUCCCCCUUUUACGUUGGAAGGACUAAUAAAGCCCUUUCGUAGAGGGUUGUGAUGUGUCUAUCCCCCUCAUGUGCUGCCUUCCUGGGUGUUAGGCCACAUGUCAGAUCCCAAGCAGGAGGUGGCCAGUGCACUGAGAUGAACCCAGCGUGUCCGGAUCCCAUGUCAUGGCCUCCACCGUCCAGGGUGGGUGCUUGAACCUGUUCUAGGAGGUUUGAAUCUUUUGGGUAGCACCCUGUAUCCAGAUGUGCAGCAUGGAGGGUAGGAUAUGCCUGCAAGCCUGCAAGGGGCCCAGCCGUGGCUUGGCAUCCCUUGCCAGCCUCCACGAUUCUGUCUCUUGUCACUUGUGGCACUGAAGAACAAAUGUGUGCAGGAACACUGUCCUUCCCCAAUCACUGUUGCUCCAGCAGGGACCAAAUCUGAAGAACAUCUGUGCUAUUGAUUCUGGUUUUUGGUCACAACACCCUUCAUUCUGUUGUUUCAAUAUACUUGAUCUAGAAAAACAGAAAACAGGAAAAAUGGCUGAGGAACUGUUAACAUAACAUCAACCUAUAGGAAGGUCUCCUUUUCCUUGUAUGUGUCUGUACUUGCGUGAGAAGAUGUUCCUGUGUGGACUCUGUCUGGCCUGGGUGGUCCCCAGCAAGCCUGGUACCUGCUGCUUGAUCAAGUGCCUGACCUCCAGCUCCGGGGCAUCGUGUGUGAGGCGAGGCCUUGUGAGCCAUCACCCGUGGAUUACAUGAACACUGCUUAGAACAGCAACUGGGUAGAAAGCUCAUGUCUGAAGGACCAACAGAUGACACUCAGCAGCACAGUGCAGUGAAGACAGGCAAUUUUGCCCAUGUUCUUCCCACAAGCAAGAGGAUUUAGGGAAGACAGGGACCAGCAGAGUGCGUGCUUGUGUGAGGCAUUUUCAAUCUUCUAUAUUUGAUUCUCAGGGAUGGGAUGCCUGGCAAGUAGGGCAUGAUCUCUGUUGUAUAUGAAGUGACUUUCCACCAAAAGCUGAAGGAGUGAAAGGCUAGUGGGGAAGAGGAGAUAAUGACUGGGUGGUUGCAUGUGAGGACAUUGUGGCAGGAUGUCACAGCAAGUCACUGAUGGAGAAGAAAUGGCUUCUGUGUGGCUGUGGCCAAGUUCCUUGCCCUGGGCAUAGGGAGGCAGUAGUCAAAUCUAGCCUCACAGCCACUCUCCAGAGGGGAAGCCCAUACUCAGGAUGGUGUUUGGUGUGGAGAAUGUUAGGAGACCCUGUCAUGAAGAAGGGUGCAUGUGGACAAGUCCAUCCGUGUGUCCUUUGUGUUGGCACUUCAGAUGAUUUCUCUGUGGGGUUGUUGGCUUCUACCCCAUGAUUCUUCUCAAGAAGCUAUGUGUGAUUCAUAUAUAUGUGUCUGGGUGUGUGUGGUGUGUUGUGUGGAUGUUGUUCACCAUAGGGCUAUGCAACAAAAGACACAUUUAAUAGAAACAAAACACACAAGACCACCAUCUGGUCUAGAGUUUCAGCAUGAUUGUGACCAAACCUUUUUAUAGAAUUUCCUUAUGUGAAGGCACAACACUCUGCAACUUUAAUGGUAACAGAGUAUUUUAUUCUAAUAGGGUAAAAUUAUGCCGGAAUCUUGGUCUGUGCAUGUGACUCUGUGCUCUGUUGCAAAGUAGAAGGAUGUGCAUUUCAAUAGUUUUGUCUGUUUCCCCAGCCCAUGGUAUCUUGGGUGUCAAAAUGUAUACAUUCCAUGUAGAACCACAGUUGUCUCACAGGCAGUCACCACAGGUCAAGGAUACUCUUUUCUAGAUUCAUACAACCUAGCUGGCUUGCCUGGAUUCUUUUAGGCACUGGCAUUCAUGAAAUUACAAGAAGGGAAAGGGAUCGUAUUUUCUUGAUUUUGGGUUGGUUUCUGUACUGUCUCCUCUCAAGUUAUUGUCUAUUUCCUCUCAAAUCUCAUAGUGAGUUGCCAAAUUUGAAAUGCAUCAACCAGCUGUCUGCAUCUGGAAUCUGUCAAGCAGUGGCUGUAGUUUGAACAAGU